AUGCGCUCCGUCAGCUCUCUGUUGCGGUUUUCUUCAGCUCAGAGUAGUGUCUCGGGCAGAUUGCUCUGUCUGGCCAUGUCAGGAGACUCCUCGGGAGCGUGUCGCAAGGAAUCUGGGAGUUUCUUUUCUCCCUCUGUUGCAGGCUUUGGAAACUCUGUUGGUGUAAUCAGAUGUCCGAUAUGCCGCCAAGAAUGCAGACAGAUAGAUCUGGUGGAUAACUACUUUGUAAAAGACACCUCAGAAACACCAAGCAGCUCCGACGAGAAGUCAGAACAGGUGUGUACAAGCUGUGAAGAUAAUGCCAGCGCUGUUGGAUUUUGUGUGGAGUGUGGGGAAUGGUUGUGCAAAACUUGCAUAGAAGCUCAUCAGCGAGUCAAAUUUACUAAAGACCAUAUGAUCAGAAAAAAAGAGGAUGUAUCUUCAGAGGCCGUGGGAGCAUCUGGUCAACGUCCUGUUUUCUGUCCUGUCCACAAACAAGAGCAGUUAAAACUUUUCUGUGAAACAUGUGACAGGCUGACAUGCAGAGACUGUCAGUUACUGGAACACAAAGAACACAGGUAUCAGUUUCUGGAAGAAGCUUUUCAGAACCAGAAGGGUGCAAUUGAAAACCUAUUGGCCAAACUUCUUGAGAAGAAGAAUUAUGUGAAUUUUGCAGCUACCCAAGUUCAGAAUAGGAUAAAAGAAGUAAAUGAAACUAACAAACGAGUAGAACAGGAAAUCAAAGUGGCUAUAUUCACCCUCAUCAAUGAAAUCAAUAAAAAGGGAAAAUCUCUCUUACAGCACCUUGAGAAUGUAACAAAGGAGAGACAGAUGAAGUUAAUACAACAGCAAAAUGACAUCACUGGUCUUUCGCGACAAGUGAAGCAUGUGAUGAACUUUACAAAUUGGGCUAUUGCAAGUGGCAGCAGUACUGCUUUGCUAUACAGUAAACGGCUGAUAACAUUCCAGUUACGUCAUAUUUUAAAGGCACGUUGUGAUCCUGUCCCAGCUGCCAAUGGAGCAAUACGCUUCCAUUGUGACCCUACGUUCUGGGCAAAGAACGUCGUCAAUUUAGGUAACCUUGUCAUUGAAAAUAAACCAACUCCUAGUUACACUCCUAAUGUAGUGGUUGGACAAACUCCUCCAGGAACAAACCACAUCAACAAAGCUCCAGGACAAAUCAAUCUAGCGCAGCUUCGACUUCAGCACAUGCAGCAGCAGGUGUAUGCACAAAAACAUCAGCAACUGCAGCAGAUGAGGAUGGCACAGCCAGCUGGGUCAGUUCCCAGGCAGACAAGCCAUCCACAAAUCUUACAGCAGCAGCCUCCCAGGUUGAUCAGCAUGCAGACCAUGCAGAGGGGUAACAUGAACUGUGGGGCUUUCCAAGCACAUCAGAUGAGAAUGGCUCAGAAUGCUGCUCGUAUACCAGGAAUACCACGCCACAAUGGACCACAAUACUCCAUGAUGCAACCUCACCUUCAAAGACAACAUUCUAACCCUGGGCACGCGGGGCCUUUUCCAGUUGUUUCUGUGCACAACACCACUAUUAAUCCAACUAGUCCUACUACAGCAACAAUGGCGAGUGCAAACCGUGGUCCAACAAGUCCGUCCGUUACAGCAAUCGAACUCAUUCCUUCUGUAACAAACCCAGAGAAUUUACCUUCCCUGCCGGAUAUCCCACCCAUCCAGCUUGAAGAUGCUGGUUCAAGUAAUUUAGAUAACCUCCUAAGUAGAUACAUUACAGGCAGCCAUCUACCCCCACAACCUACAAGUACCAUGAAUCCCUCCCCAGGACCUUCAGCUCUAUCUCCAGGGUCAUCAGGUCUAUCCAACUCCCACACUCCUGUGAGACCACCUAGUACCUCCAGCACAGGUAGCAGAGGAAGCUGUGGCUCCUCGGGCAGAACUGCUGAGAAAACUAGUGUUAACUUCAAGUCUGACCAAGUGAAAGUCAAGCAAGAGCCAGGGACAGAGGAAGAGAUAUGCAGUUUCUCAGGAACAGUAAAACAGGAAAAGACGGAGGAUGGCAGAAGGAGUGCUUGCAUGCUUAGCAGUCCUGAGAGCAGCUUGACGCCACCGCUAUCCACUAACUUGCACCUGGAAAGUGAAUUAGAAGCAUUAGGAAGUCUUGAAAAUCAUGUAAAAACCGAACCAGCAGAUUUAAGUGAAAGCUGCAAACAGUCUGGACAUAGCCUUGUAAAUGGAAAAUCCCCGGUGCGCAGUCUAAUGCAUCGAUCAGCUAGAAUUGGAGGAGAAGGCAAUAACAAAGAUGAUGAUCCAAAUGAAGACUGGUGUGCCGUUUGCCAAAAUGGAGGGGAUCUGUUAUGUUGUGAAAAGUGCCCCAAGGUCUUUCACCUGACUUGUCACGUACCAACGCUCCUCAGCUUUCCAAGUGGAGAGUGGAUAUGUACAUUCUGCAGAGAUCUGAGCAAACCAGAAGUAGAAUAUGACUGUGACAAUUCACAACACAGCAAGAAAGGGAAAACAGCACAAGGCCUGAGUCCUGUGGACCAAAGGAAAUGUGAACGUCUCCUGCUUUACCUGUAUUGUCACGAGCUGAGCAUUGAAUUUCAAGAGCCAGUCCCAGCCUCGAUACCAAACUACUAUAAAAUUAUAAAGAAACCAAUGGAUUUAUCUACGGUGAAAAAGAAACUGCAAAAGAAGCAUUCCCAACACUAUCAGACUCCUGAGGAUUUUGUGGCAGACGUCCGGUUGAUCUUCAAGAACUGUGAAAGGUUUAAUGAAAUGAUGAAAGUUGUUCAAGUUUAUGCAGAAACACAAGAGAUUAAUUUGAAGGCUGAUUCAGAAGUAGCGCAGGCAGGGAAGGCAGUUGCAUUAUACUUUGAAGAUAAACUUACAGAGAUCUACCCAGACAGGACCUUCCAGCCUUUGCCUGAAUUUGAGCAGGAAGAGGAUGAUGGUGAAAUAACUGAGGACUCCGAUGAAGAUUUUAUACAACCACGUAGAAAACGCCUAAAAUCAGAUGAAAGACCAGUGCAUAUAAAGUAAUCUAAUGAUAUGGACCUAAAAUUUAUUGUAAAAACUGUUAUUUAAGUGUUCCUGGAAUAUUAUCAUGCCUACAGUGGCCAUCUUGAAGAAGCUGAUAGCUUUUUAAACAGUAUUAGAAUACAAAAAAAACCCACUUGUACAGAAAAGCAUUCUCAUCAAAAGGGGAAAAAAACUGUAUUGUAAAUUUUUGGUGUUUUUUUUUUUCCUUGAUUAUUUGCUAUAUUCUUUCUUUUCCUGAUGGAGGGGACACACACAUCCUGGUCUCACCGAUAGAGGUGGAUGAAUGUUGAAGAGAAACAGAUUUGAUAAGAGAUGUUCCAUGUACAGAUAAGACUGCUUAGUAAAACGUUCUGCAGGACUGGACCGAUACAGUUACUGUAUCUUGCGUUCAUGCUGGACUGCAGUGUAAACCGUAAGCAAUGUUCCUGAAAUCCCCUCUUUGUGUGAACUUAAG